AUUUGCAUCGAAAGAGAGAGACAGUUUCUUCUGGUCAAACCCAAAGAACACAACACAACAACAAGAACAAGAACUCAUUCAGAUUCAUCUCCGAUGAUCCAGUUCUUGUAAGGACAGAAGCAAAAGAAACUAAGUGGUUCCUCUAAUGACCUCGACGUUUCUUUUGUCGUUGUUCCUUAGUCUAAUCAAUCUUCUCUUUGUCUCUGUUUCGUGUGCUCCUUGCACAGAGUUCGUUUACUCUAAUUUCACAGCUUCUAACCUCAGAUUCAUCGAUAGCUCCAAAGGAGCUUUCCUCUUCUCUAGUAACUCAAUCUUCAAAGCCGGUUUAUUCAGACCCGGCGACGAUGAGUCAUCUUCUAAUUACUACUUCUCCGUCGUCCAUGUUGAUUCCGGUUCAACAAUCUGGUCAUCGAAUCGAGAUUCCCCUGUUUCAAGCUCUGGUAAAAUGAAUCUUACACCUCAAGGAAUCUCUGUUGUUGAAGAUGGUAAAAGUCAAAUACCCGUUUGGUCAACGCCGGUUUUAGCCUCUCCGGUUUAUUCUCUCCGGUUAACUGACUCCGGGAACCUCCUUUUGCUUGAUCGGUUAAACGUUUCUCUAUGGGAAAGCUUUGAUCUUCCCACUGACUCGAUUGUUCUAGGACAAAGACUCAAAGUUGGGAAGUUCUUGUCCGGAUCUGUCUCACGGUCUGAUUUCUCUACAGGAGAUUAUAAGUUCUUGGUUGAUGUGUCUGAUGGUUUGAUGCAGUGGAGAGGACAGAACUAUUGGAAGCUAAAGAUGCAUACACGAGCUAAUGUUGAUUCUAAUUUCCCUGUUGAGUAUUUAACUCUUACUACUUCUGGAUUAGCUCUUAUGGGACGGAACGGGACGGUGGUAGUCCGUGUGGCGCUACCACCGUCCUCUGAUUUCCGCGUAGCGAAGAUGGAUUCUUCCGGUAAAUUUACUGUCAGUAGAUUCUCCGGUAAGAGUCUUGUGACUGAGUUCUCUGGUCCUAUGGAUACUUGUCAGAUUCCGUAUGUGUGUGGUAAGCUCGGGCUUUGUAAUCUUGAUAAUGCUUCGGAGAAUCAGCGUUGUUCGUGUCCAGAAGAGAUGCGGUCGGAUGCGGAUAAGAAGGUAUGUGUUCCGGUUAGCCAAUCAAUGAGUUUACCUGUUUCUUGUGAAGCAAGCAAUAUUUCGUAUCUCCAACUUGGUCUUGGUGUGUCUUACUUCUCUACUCACUUCACUGAUCCUGUGGAUCAUGGUCUCGCGUUAUCGGCUUGUCAUGAUCUUUGCAGUAUGAAUUGCUCCUGUCUUGGUGUUUUCUAUGAGAACACGUCUCGGUCUUGUUAUUUGGUGAAGGACUCGUUUGGUUCUUUGUCUCUAGUAAAGAACUCACCAGACAAUCAAGAUCUUAUUGGAUAUGUUAAGUUGUCUAUUAAAAAGCCAAAUGGUCAACCUCCCGGAGACAAAAGCAGAGGAUCCAAGUUUCCUGUGAUCGCACUUGUGCUCUUACCUUGUUCUGGUUUCUUCCUUCUGAUUGCAUUAGGGUUUAUCUGGUGGCGAAGAUGUGCAGUGAUGAGAUACAGUAGUAUCCGUGAGAAGCAAGUAACUAGACCGGGGUCGUUUGGAUCAGGAGAUUUAGGAUCUUUCCAUAUCCCGGGGUUACCUCAGAAAUUCGAAUUCGAAGAGCUGGAACAAGCAACAGAGAAUUUCAAGGACCAGAUAGGUUCAGGUGGAUUCGGGUCAGUCUACAAAGGAACUCUUCCAGACGAAACACUCGUUGCUGUCAAGAAAAUCACAAACCAUGGGCUUCACGGUAGACAAGAGUUCUGCACGGAAAUCGCAAUCAUUGGAAAUAUCCGACACACGAAUCUAGUGAAACUCCGAGGCUUUUGCGCUCGUGGGAGGCAAUUACUCUUAGUCUAUGAGUACAUGAACCAUGGUUCAUUAGAAAAGACUCUGUUUAGCGGGAAUGGUCCGGUACUUGAAUGGCAAGAAAGGUUUGAUAUAGCGCUCGGGACGGCUCGUGGGCUCGCGUAUCUCCACAGUGGAUGUGACCAGAAGAUCAUACACUGCGACGUGAAGCCAGAGAACAUCUUACUGCACGAUCAUUUCCAGCCGAAGUUAUCUGAUUUCGGGUUAUCAAAACUUCUGAGCCAAGAAGAGUCGAGUCUGUUCACGACGAUGAGAGGUACUCGAGGCUAUUUAGCUCCCGAAUGGAUAACAAACACAGCUAUCUCUGAGAAAGCUGAUGUGUACAGCUACGGGAUGGUGUUGUUAGAACUAGUGAGUGGUCGGAAAAACUGCUCGUUCCGAUCUCGGAGCAACAGUGUGACAGAGGAGAAUAAUGUGAACAGCUCAUCGACUACAACCACUAGUACUGGUAUGGUGUAUUUCCCAUUGUACGCUUUGGAUAUGCAUGAACAAGGGAGGUAUAUGGAGCUGGCUGAUCCAAGGCUAGAGGGUCGGGUAACAAGCCAAGAGGUUGAGAAGUUGGUUCGGAUAGCUUUGUGUUGCGUCCACGAGGAGCCAGCGUUGAGGCCAACGAUGGCAGCGGUAGUUGGGAUGUUCGAAGGAAGCAUACCGUUGGGGAUUCCAAGGAUGGAGUCGUUGAAUUUCUUGAGGUUUUAUGGGCUGCGGUUUGCGGAGUCUUCAAUGGUUGAAGGGCAAAAUGGCGAGAGUGAAACUAUGGUCUUCCAUCGGCGAGAGAGCUCUAACAGCGCCGGUUCUAGGCACUCUGCUUCUUACAUAGCAUCUCAGGAAGUGUCUGGUCCACGAUGAGCUACCUAAACGUGAUUUUUUGUUGUCUCCUGUGUUUAUUUGUUUUUGGUUACUUUGUUAAUAGUGAUAGGCCUUGUUCAUAUAAUCUACUAUAUAUGAAAAAUUAUUGGAUAA